ACAUUUGUCAUGAAAUAUGAAAAACUGCUUGAACGCGGUAACCAUCAGCGCCAUUGAGCUAAUUUAACCAAAUAAUUAUUAAACUUAUAAGUAUGGUAGACAUCUACUAAGAUGGAUGGUUUGUUCCAGGUUUGCAUAAUAGGCCUGAUCGCCAACAGCAUGAACAUCGCGGUGCUCACGCGCAGAGACAUGGCCGCCGCUCCCAUCAACCGACUGCUGAAGUGGCUGGCCGUCGCCGAUGUCUUCGUGAUGCUGGAGUACGUGCCUUUCGCUGUUUACAGAUAUUUGGUGCUGCCUGAGAAGUUGGACUUUCCAUACUCGUGGGCGGUAUACCUGCUGUUCCACAUGCACUUCGCUCAAAUCCUGCACACUGCUUCCAUAUGCCUCACCUUAUCAUUGGCCAUCUGGAGAUACAUUGCCAUUAAGUACACAGACAGGAGUCACAUCCUAUGCACAGAAAAGCGGUGUAGUAUAGCUAUACUGUCCAGCUUUAUAAUACCUCCAAUACUUUGCAUUCCUACUUUCAUGGUAUUUGAUAUUCACACGAAAAACGUUCCCGAUGGCCACGGAGGCUAUAACAAAGCGUACCACCUCGAGUCGGACUACGACGGAAGACUGUACCAGGCGAACUUCUGGGUACAUUCAGUGUUAAUAAAGCUGCUUCCGUGCUCGAUCCUGACAGUCAUCAGCGUGUGGUUGAUACGGGCGCUGUACAAAGCGAACCAGCAUCAGAAACAAAUGAGAAACUACAACUCCUCCUCCGCUGCGGAGAACAUGAUAAAACGCCAGAACAAGGCAGACAAGAGAACAGACAGGACGACAAAAAUGCUCCUAGCAGUGUUGCUACUUUUCUUGCUAACGGAACUGCCACAAGGCAUUCUGGGGCUAAUGAGCGGCCUUCUAGGGUGGUGUUUCUUCAAGAUGUGCUACAAUAGGAUAGGAGAAGUGAUGGAUAUACUUGCUCUCUUGAAUGGGUCGAUCAACUUCAUCCUCUACUGCUCUAUGUCGAGGCAGUUCAGACAGACCUUCAGGCAGUUGAUCUUACAACCUCCUUUGGCGAGGUUUAUUCCACCAACGGCGUCCCAUACUGACUCUCACAAUCAAAAUACACUGAAAACAUCGAUUCCAUGAGGGCAGGCGAAAAAAGGUCACAAUCAUGUGAUGGCCGAACAGUUCCUCUAGCACACUGGUCAUUGGGAAGAAUGCAAGCUGGUGUAAACGAACUGUGGAUUUGUUGAUGUGUGUUGAAAAGUGUUAUAUGUGAAGAAAAUGUUUGAAACUAAAUGUCCGUCGCACUAUGUAAGUUUUGCGCUGUAUAAGGCUGAAUAACGAAACGAAACUUAAAAAAUGAGAACUGCUCGAGUCGAUUAGGUAGAUAGCUAGUAAUAGUAAAUUACUUCAUAGUGCACUCAAUUAAUCUAUCCCUAUCCUAAUCACAAAAGAAAACAAAAAAUAAUAAGUGUUUACAACUUUCAAAAAUCGAAUUAAGUUUCUGUAUUUAAUAAAAUAGCAGUAAUUAUUGUUUGUGUUUAAAAAUGUUUAAGAAUGAGAUGACAGAUCGAUAGAGUGAUAAGCUAAUGGAGUUUUUUUAAUUUCGUUCAACUAUUAUUAUACAGUGUUCAUUCUUACUGGUAAUUUUAAGAGAUAGUGUUGCUAUUCGUUUUGCAAGCGCUACCUUUUAAACAUGUCAAAUCUGCGAUUUGAACACACCGCGAGAACAUGUCACGUGUUCGUUUUGAACAUGUCACAUGUGUGUUUUGAACAUGUCACAUGUGCAUUUUGAAAAUGUAUGAUCGGUUUUGUGCAUCAAUAUAAUUUAUGCUGCUUUCAAGCUUCUGUUGUGUAAAUCAUGUUAAACGAAUAUCAUAAUACAUAUAAUAUAUAUAUAUAUUUAAAAGAUUAAAAACGCUUAUAUUGUUAUAAAUUACUUUUUAUCGAUUAACACUUCUUUCUACGUCUGCACCGCGACAUGGAUUUUAAAUUAUAAUAUUUAAAUCGUGUUUUAUUUAUUCAAUAACAUUUUGGACAGUAUCUAUAGCCUUAAACAAUAAAAUAAUAUAAGAGUUACAAAUUAAAGCUCCCAGUUUUCAAAAAUAACAAAGUAGAUAAGGAUAGGGGUUAGGGUCAGCGUAGACAACAGCGUGAGGGACAGCUUUGGUACCGCAAGCGUCUUGCUUUGGUGGCUGCUUAUCAACAGGCCAGCCAUAUACUUGUUUGCCACCAUUUUCCUACCUUACCUACAGAUUUGCAUCCUUUGCCACCAUUAUUAAAGGAAAUAAUUUAAAAUGACUAGUUUUUAUGGAAAUGACAUUUGUAAAUCGAUGAACAGAGACGUACAGACCCGUCGUUCCCAUUGGGCACUUUGGGCAAGUGCCCAGGGCCCCGCGAUCAAUAGGGGCCCUACAAAGUCCCUAGUUCAUAGGGGCCCCAUUAUCCUAAUAUGCCCAGGGCCUCCAAUAGGUCAAAGACGGCACUGGAGACGUAUCACUGUGUUAGUAGUCUAAACUUCAUUAUUUUCAUCAUGAUCAGCCUAUUAAUGCCCCGCUGCUAGAGCCGAAGUCUGCCCUAUUGAUAAAAGAAGGAGGGGGAAGACUCACAACGUGUUUGGUGGAUGCUAAUGACUGCAGAUGCAGCCAGGACCAACGGCUUCAGGCGUUGUCCCUUUUAGGCUCCCUGUUAGCGGCUGACUGACUGAAUCUGAGCGGCGUUAACUCAAUGCUUUCGGCGGCGAUCUGUAGCGUAUUAACCGCGAAGCGCUUACGUAUUAUUGGAAGGGAAGACGGUUGUAAAUAUCAGUGUUGCGGCUGAUAGUGUUUGACGCCAUGGAUGUUGAAAUUAAAUUUGACAAUUCUUUAUUAUUCUGGAAGUGAUCGCUGAUUUGGAGGUCUUAAAUGAACAUACAUUUCAAAAAACACAACGCUUAGCUUCGACUUCCACGGACCAACUAAUAGCGCGCUACGCCGGCGCUUUUUUUAGUGCCUGUAGAGGUAUUCCAGGCGGAUGGCAUCUCUCCACAGGGGCAGUCUCUUCUCCGUCUGGAGCCACUAGACCACUCGAACCUGAGGGGGUCGGCUCCAACUAGAGGGCGUCUCUGAAACUCGGACCUCGGCUCUAGUUAGCCGUUGUCGUGGGGUAGUGACUAGUGAGCUAACUAAGCCGCAAAGCGUGAGCACCGUUCGCUGCGACUCAGCCACUCACUGAAUGAAACGUCGCAACCUACGUAUAGAAGAAGCCCAUGCACGAACUGUGACAUCCGUAAUCAUAUUUUCAUCGUAUUUCUUUUUUUAGUUUGUUCUUACGUCUGGCAGGGGUGCUGCUUAGUUUACAUAGAAACUUUGCCGAUGCGAUACGAUUACGUAGCUGUCAAAGUUCAGAUAUACUGUACUUCCUGGGCCCAUGACGUGAUACGUCUCAAUAGUUUAAGUUAGGUUAGUGUUGUGACCAUAACGCAAUUUCGUUAAUAGAGACCUUUUCAAAAAUAACGUCAAGUAAUCACCUCUUGGGCCCAGUAAGUACAGUUUUACUCAAAGUUCGUGAUCGAGUCUCAGUACGCGCUGUUU